AUGCGGUCAGGUGUCCAGUGUCUUUCCUGGGACUACACCAUCCACCGUGGGCCUGCUACCUGGGCCAGCAGUUAUCCUGCUGCUGCGGGCAAAAAACAGUCACCUAUUGACAUUCAGACUGCUGGCGUACGAUACGACCCGAAUCUAUCCCAGACCCCUCUCCAUCUGCUGUACAUAAAGGACAGUGAUUAUACAAUCACAAACAAUGGACACUCAGUCCAGGUUUCUCGCUCAUCAGGUAGUGGUUAUCAGCUGAGUGGAGGACCUUUGCUUCAUAAAUAUCAGUUCAAACAGUUUCACUUCCACUGGGGCGCUAGCGACGAUCAUGGCUCAGAGCACCAGGUCAACGGAAAAUCAUACGCUGCUGAACUCCAUUUGGUUCAUUGGAACGUUGAUCUGUUUGAUAGUUUUGAGAGCGCCGUGACACAGGAAGACGGUCUUGCUGUGAUUGGAGUUUUUAUUGAAGUCUGCGAAGACUGCCCGCAGAUGAUACCAAUCUUUGAUCUACUACCGCGGAUCAAACACAAGGAUGAUAAAUACAGAAUGAAAACUCCGUUUGAUCCAAGUGUUCUUAUCCCGUGCACGGAGGAUUAUUGGACCUACAGUGGGUCUUUAACUACACCACCCUGUUCGGAGAGCGUUACCUGGAUAGUGUUGAAGGAAACCAUUACAAUUCCAAGCAAACAUAUGGAGAUGUUGCGGUCCCUUCACGGUUACCCUUUUUGGCAGAAGCCUGGGGCUAAUAUUGUUGACAACUUUCGCCCGGUAAUGCCGCUGAAUGGGAGAAUCAUACGCUCGUCUUUCACUUGA